UUGAACCAUAGAAGAAGAAGAUAGCGUUAUCCGCAGAAAAAGAAGCGGCUAAGAGUUUGUGCUUCAGCUCCAGACUUCAGGCUCAAACCGAACCUGAAAGACCCGAAGGACCCCAGAACACCGACCCGGACCCAGCGGGGCUGCGAGGCCCGACCCGGGAAACCAGAUCACAAAGUCCAGAAGAGACCAGUCAGCCCACGACGACCCCCAGCAAAGAGCUCCAGGACUCUCUGGUGGACAUGUACACAGCUAAUCCCAGAGUGAACGUGGAGCUGCGACAGCGUCUUCCUGCACUUAUCAGAACCCAGCUCAUCAGCUCCAACGGAUCAGAGAUCAGCCUGAGCCCCGACCUGAACUACGACCACCACAUCUGGCCUCGAGUUCCACAGCACCUGCAGGAGCCGUCGACCUCCUGCUCCCCUCCACCUCCAUCCUACAGAAGGUCCGCCUCUCCUUUGUCACCUCCACCCUGCAGGAAGUCUGUGUCCCCGCUAUCCUCCAGCCUGGGAGGUGCAGGAGAGAUGGAAGUGGACCUUUCAACCAGCAGAGGUCUUUCUCCUCGGGUAAAGAGCUGUGGAGAUACUGCAGAUGAAGGUGGCGCACCCGGAGAUCCUGCUAGCCCCUCCCUCGGCAGACACCUGGUGACCGCUGUGGACAGCUCUGCAUCAGCCCGGCCUCCGAGCGCCGACCGAGACAAAAACAUCUCGCUGUUACUGAAGGAGCUCGACGCCCUGAGACAGGUCAACAACCAGCUGCAGCAGCAGCUGGUUCAGAAGGAGAAGGAGCUGCAUAGGAGGGAGGUGGAGGAGGAGCUUAGGGAGGAACGGAGGGAGGCCCGAGACUGGGAGAGACCUGCAGCGGUGUUGGAGGAGGUGCUGGCAGCUCAGAAGGACAGAGAUCAGGCUGUGAUGUCACGACUCCUGCUGGCCAAUGAGGAGAGAGACGAGGCUUUGCUUCGUUUGCAUCGACUACAGCAGGCGGCUGAGUCAGAGUGCUUCCACCUGGACGAUGGCGAUCAGGAUGUGGACAAGCUCCUGCGGCACAUCUGUGACGCCGACUCCGUCCAGGAAAUCGAGCGGUUCGGCUCAGUUCUGGUCCAGCGUCUUUGGUUGGCACGGCAACGGCGAAGUGACAUCACAGCUCAGGAGAUGAAGGCCGUGAUGGAGGAGAGGGACGGCUCUACCGCCAAGACUGUGGUCACCAUGGGAACAGGCCUGCAGCAGCACAGCUGAGCUCUAGUAACCAUGGCAACUGCCGUCAGGAAAGCAGAGGAGUGAUGAGACCUGAUGAAGAUGGAAGGAAGUGGCAAAUUUUGGAGUAGAAGAAGGAAGGUGUCCGUACUGACAGGAUCCAGAACUGCACCUGUUCAGGUGUUCAGCACUCAGCAACAGGAGCACAGCUUCACCUGACGGGGCAGAGACAGCAACAGUCUCCAGGUGUCACUUGUGUCAUCAUACGCUGUCAACACGACGACAUACUGAGUCACCUGACGGCUGAUUGCUGAUGUCAGCGCGGUGAUGACACGUUAAAUGCUCUUCUUUGAAUCGUUUACACAUGUGAACAGGCUGGGUCAGAGCACCUAGUGGACAUUAGUGGAACUGCAGGUCCUGGCGUCUCCUUGCACAUCUCCAUGUUUUCCUCUCCUGGCUGCUCUGCACUCACAGCGUUUAUGAUCCUUCAAACCUUCACCUCUGCUGGCUCCGCCCCAUGCAGCCUCGCAUCUUAAACCUCUCACACCUCCACUCUGCCUCCAUUAACCCCCCCAAACUCGCCACCGUAUCAGCAUCACUUCAGCAUCACCUGGGCUACUGCCGCUAACCCCCAACAAUAUCAGUGCUCCGCCAUCUUUUAACACCCCGCCCCUCUGCGUUAACACCACCCCUCCACAGUAACACCUUAAUCCCGCCCUCGUUCUGCUGCU